GCAGCUUAGAAUUAUAUCCCAGCACUGACUGGGCAUUUCGCAGGACAAGAUAGAAACACAGUUUUGGAGCAUGUAGUCAAUUCUCUACUGACAAAAAGGUUAAUAUAAUAGAAUAGAAAUGCAUACUAGGUGCGAGUAGAUUUUGUGGGGAAAUGCUGUAUGGUUAUUUUUUUUAAUUAACUUUUUAAAGUGCCUUAUCGUGACCUGGGAAACACGACGACAACGUGAUUUUUGUCUUUUUAAGUUGGAAAAAAAACGAUGAAAGGGAUGGUACAUACAUCAGCAAGGUGCUUGAUGAAGAUCUGCCCUUUUGGAUUGUAAACACAAUUUGAGUCAAGAGGCUGUAGAAAAAGUCCAUGAUGUUUAAUCUGAUGAAGAAAGAGAAAGAGAAGGAAAAGGACAUUGGCAAGAAGGAGAAAAAAGACAAAAAGGAAGACAAAAAGAAAGAGCGCAUGUCCCAAGCCGAGUUGAAGAGCCUGGAAGAGAUGAGCAUACGCCGAGGCUUCUUCCACCUCAAUCGGGGGAGCUCCAAGAAGGAAUCAAGGAGCAAAUUGCAGAUAUCUGGUCCUAUUCCUAUCAAGGUGACAAGUAACCCGGAUAUCAGUCUGGCAGACUUAGAUGCUGAGCGCCUCGGCAGCUGUGACACCUUAGCGCAGGAUGUGAGACCUGUCGAGGAAAACAAGGGUAUCGACCAGGAACAAAUACGCAGCUCUGUAAAGGAGAGAGCAGCUAAGUUUGGAGAGCUAGCAAAGUUGAAUUCUGGAAUCGGCCCGAGGUACCCGGCCCUUUCCCAGAGGAACAAUGCAUUUGAUACGUCAAGAGUUUCUGUUCAGAAAUCAAAGCCACAAUAUUUUCGCCAAGGAAGCAAACCUCAAAACAUAUAUCGGGUACACAUACCUGAACUUGUAGAAAAAACAUUCCCUGGUGUCGACUUAGAGUUGCCGGCACUGGUUGCUCCCCCAAUACCAAAUCCCAGAGAACUGAAGCUAAAGCGACGCAACACGGGCGAUUUUGGCUUCUCUUUGAGGAGGACCACCAUGUUGGACAGGCAACCUGAUGGAGACGUGUAUCGGAAAGUGGUGCACUUUGCAGAGCCCGGUGCGGCGACCAAGGACUGUGCUCUGGGCCUGGUGCCAGGAGACAGACUGGUGGAGAUCAAUGGGAUCAAGGUUGAGAACAAGAGCAGGGAUGAGAUCGUGGAGAUGAUCCGACAAUCUGGGGAGUCGGUGUUACUCAAGGUGCAGCCCAUUUUGGAACUGAGUGAGUUGAACCGUAGCUGGCUGAGGACAUCGCAGGGACCAUACAAGGAAGGCUUCAGUCCAAAGCUUUCCGAGGACCCCGUGACCAUUCUACAAGCAUCACACUUAGCAGCAAAGGCGAAGAAUGAAACAAACAUCGAAUCUGAGAGAGCCUGGUACAACACUGAAAAAGUGUGGCUUGUCCACAAGGAUGGUUUUUCUUUGGCAACUCUGCUCAAGACAGAAGCGGGGAGUCUGCCCGAGGGGAAGGUGAAAAUACGCUUGGACAGUGAUGGAUCUUUAUUAGACGUAGAUGAAGAUGAUGUCGAGAAGGCAAACCCACCGUUGUUUGAGCGAGCCGAGGACCUGGCCUCUCUUCAGUACUUGAACGAGUCCAGUGUGAUGCAUUCCCUGCGGCAGCGUUACGGCGGUAACCUGGUGCACACCCAUGCUGGGCCCAACAUGGUGGUCAUUAACCCCAUUAGCGCUCCUUCCAUGUACUCGGAGAAGGUGAUGCAAAUGUUUAAAGGGUGUAGAAGGGAGGACACAGCCCCCCAUAUUUACAGCUUGGCUCAGUCUGCCUAUCGGAAGCUCUUGACCACUCGCCAGGAUCAGUCCAUAGUCUUACUGGGCAAGAGCGGUAGUGGCAAGACUACAAACUGUCAACACAUCAUUCAAUACUUGGUCACUAUUGCUGGCAGCACCAACAAAACAUUCUCCACGGAGAAGUGGCAGGCGGUGUACACCGUUUUAGAGGCAUUUGGGAAUGCAUCAAGCUGCAUGAAUGGAAAUGCCAGCCGUUUCUCCCAUGUUGUUUCGUUGGAUUUUGACCAGUCAGGCCUGGUGACCUCAGCCUCAAUCCAGACAAUGCUCCUGGAAAAGAUGAGAGUGACACGAAGACCUGAGGGCGAGUCCACUUUUCACGUGUUUUACUACCUAAUGGCCGGAGUCGACAGCUCCCUUAGAACUGAGCUGCACCUCAACCACUUUGCGGAAAAUAACGCGUUUGGAAUCAUGCCUCAAACAAAGGUGGAGGAAAAACAACGGGCAUCCCAGCAGUUUUCCAAGCUGCAAGCAGCCAUGAAGGUUCUGGGGGUCACUAGUGAUGAACAAAAGCCUUUUUGGCUAGUCCUGGGGGCCAUCUACCACCUGGGAGCUGCAGGGGCAACGAAAGCUGGCAGGAAACAAUUUGCACGUCACGAGUGGGCCCAGAAGGCAGCAUACCUGCUGGGCUGUACCCUGGAGGAGCUCACCUCCUCCAUCUUCAAGCACCAGGCCAAGGGCGCCCUGCCCAGAGCCGGCAGCAUCCGCCAAACUUUGGAUGAAAAUUGCACAUCGGAUGCAGGAUCAAAGACUUCAGCCAUGGACUGUUUAGAGGCCAUGGCCACUGGGCUGUACUCUGAACUCUUCAAUAUCCUCAUUUGCUUAAUAAACCGGGCCUUGAAAUCCAGCCAGCUUCCCUUGUGCUCUCUUCUCAUUAUGGACACACCGGGUUUUCAAAACCCCAGGCUGGUAAAGCACGACCGCGGCGCAACGUUUGACGACCUAUGCCAUAACUACACCCAAGAACGUUUGCAGACACUCUUCUACCAGCGCACCUUCGUUCAGGAGCUGGAGCGAUACAAGGAGGAGAACAUUGAGAUUGCCCUCGAUGACACGGAACCUGACACAUCUUUUUCUGUGGCGGUGGUGGACCAAGCAUCGAGCCAAGCACUUGUGCGCAGCGGCCGAACAGAUGAGGCCCGUGGGCUUUUGUGGCUGAUGGAGGAGGAGGUUCUGCAGCCUGGGGCAUCAGACGAAAGCCUGCUGGCUCGCCUUUUUAGUUACUAUGGACCAGCUGAAGGCGAGAUCAAAGGUCACACUUUCCUUCUAAAAAGUGAGAAAGAUAAUCACUUCCUGCUGGGCCACAGUCACGGAACUGACUGGGUAGAGUACGAUGCCCGUGGGUGGCUGAACUACGCCAAGCAAAAUCCUGCCUCAAUCAAUGCUACGAGCCUCCUGCAGGACUCCCAGAAGAAGAUCAUCAGCUCUUUGUUCAUGAGCCGAGCAGGCGGGGCCACCGUUCUGUCAGGUUCCAUCGCAGGUCUUGAGGGUGUUUCCCAGCUGUCUUUGCGACGGGCCUCAAGCCUGAGGAAGACAUUCACUUCCGGAGUGGCCGCGAUCAAGAAAAAGUCUGUGUGCAUCCAAAUAAAGCUUCAAGUGGACGCCCUGCUGGACAUGGUGCGCAGAUCCAGAAUUCACUUUGUUCACUGCCUAUUGCCUAAGGCAGAUGCUCUUAAGGCUCUGAGUGGAUCCUUCUUCAAAGGUGUUGAAAGUGAGGCUCAAGGGGAGGGUGGAGAUUCUGGUUUAAUGCAGCUGGAUGUUGCCUUACUCCGUGCUCAACUGCGGGGAUCCAAGCUCCUCGACGCUCUCCGGAUCCACAGACAAGGUUACCCGGACCACAUGGUGUUCUCUGAGUUCCGCCGACGUUUUGAUGUGCUGGCACCGCACCUCACCAAGAAGCACGGGCGGAAUUACAUUGUGAAGGACGAGCAGAGAGCUGUGGAGGAGCUGCUGGAGUCUUUGGAUUUAGAGAAGAGCAGUUACCACAUGGGUGUGAGCCGGUUAUUCUUCAAAGCUGGGACCUUGGCGAAAUUGGAGGAACAGAGGGAUGAGCAAACCAAGCGGAAUUUAAUCCUGUUCCAAGCUGCUUGUCGAGGUUAUCUGGCACGGCAAGCUUUUAAAAAGAGAAAGAUUCAGGAUCUAGCAAUUCGUUGCAUCCAGAAGAACAUCCAGAAAAACCGAGGUGUGAAGGACUGGCCAUGGUGGAAACUCUUCACAACUGUGCAGCCACUCAUUAAGGUGCAGCUCACUGAGGAUCAGAUGCGGAGCAAAGAUGAGGAAAUCCAGAUGCACAAGUCCAAGAUUGAGAAGGUGGAGAAAGAGCGCAAUGAGCUGAGACUGAACACAGAUCGACUGGAGAGCAAAAUUGCCGAUUUGUUGGCAGAACUCGCUGAUGAGAGGAGCACUAGUGAGUCAGCAUCCCAGCUGCUGGAGAACGAGACGGCUGAGAGACUGCGGCUAGAGAAGGACAUGAAGGACCUGCAGGCAAAAUUUGAAGCCACCAAGAAACAAAUGGAAGCACAGGAGAUGGAGGUGAUGGAAGCUCGGCUCAUGAAAACUUCAGAGCUCAACGGGGAGCUGGAGGACGAUGAUGAUGCUGGGGGUGAGUGGCGCAUAAAAUACAACAGAGCCAUUCGGGAAAUGGAAUUCACCCAAAAGAAACUCCAGCAAGAGUUUGAUGACAAGCUGGAAACGGAGCAGCAGAGCAAAAGACAUCUUGAGAGAAGGCUGGCCGAUUUGAAGACAGACAAUGAGGACGUGCAGCACUCUGUGCAGCAGCUGAAGAAGAAGUGCCAGAAGAUGACGGCUGAGCUGCAGGAUACCCAACGUCAUCUGGAGGGACUCCAGAGCCGCAAUCAUGACUUGGAAAAGAAGCAGAGGAAAUUUGAUCUUGAGCAGAACCAGGCCCAGGCGGAAGUACAAAGAGAAAGGAGUCUGAGGGAAAAGCUGGCUCGAGAGAAAGACACAAUGGCGGCAGAGAUAUUCAACAUCCACCAGCAGCUUCAGGAAAAGGACGCUGACUUGUGCACUGCCAACAUGAAGGUGCAGCAGCUGGAGGCCGAAUUGCAGGAUCUCUCUUCGCAGGAGUCCAAGGAUGAAGCAUCGCUGGCCAAGGUCAAGAAGCAGCUUCGUGACCUUGAGGCCAAGGUGAAAGAUCAAGAAGAGGAACUGGAUGAGCAAGCCGGAACCAUCCAGAUGCUGGAGCAGGCUAAGCUACGACUGGAGAUGGAGAUGGAAAGGCAGCGACAGAGCCACUCAAAAGACAUUGAGAGCAAAGAUGAGGAGGUGGAUGAGAUCAGGCGGUCCUGCAGUAAGAAGCUGAAACAGAUGGAGGUGCAGCUGGAGGAAGAAUAUGACGAUAAGCAGAAAGUGUUGCGCGAGAGACGUGAGCUGGAGUCCAAACUGCUGAGCGCGCAGGACCAGGUGAGCCACAGGGACGUGGAGAGCGAGAAGAGGCUGAGGAAAGACCUGAAGAGAACUAAAGUCCUGCUGGCCGAUGCUCAGAUUAUGCUGGACCACCUGAAGAGUAAUGCCCCAAGCAAGAGAGAGAUCGCCCAGUUCAGAAAUCAAUUGGAGGAGUCCGAGUUCACUUGUGCGGCUGCAGUGAAGGCCCGAAAGAGCAUGGAGUUAGAGAUAGAGGACUUGCAUAUCCAGAUGGAGGACGUGGUGAAAGCCAAACUGUCGUUGGAGGAGCAGGUGAGCCGCCUUCAGAGAGAGAAGAACGACAUGCAGUCGCGCACAGAGGAAGACCAGGAGGACAUGAAUGAACUGAUGAAGAAACACAAGGCUGCGGUCGCCCAGUCUGCCAGAGAUUUAAGGCAGAUCAGUGACCUGCAGGCGCAGCUGGAGGAGGCCACAAAGGAGAAGCAGGAGAUUCAAGAAAAGCUUCACUCGCUGCAGAGUCAGCUGGAGUUUCAGGAACAAUCCAUGGUGGAAAAGUCUCUUGUGAGCCGUCAAGAGGCCAAGAUCCGUGAGCUGGAAACCAAAUUGGAGUAUGAGAGGACCCAGAUCAAACGUUUGGAGAUCCUGGUGGGUCGACUAAAGGAGAAUCUUGAGAAGAUGUCAGAGGAACGAAACCAACAUAUUGCUGCAGAGAACAGGGAGAAGGAGCAGAACAAACGCAUGCAGAGACAAAUAAGGGACAUGAAAGAAGAAAUGGCUGACGUGUCCAAGAAGGAGGCUGAGGCGAGCCGAAAGAAACACGAGUCGGAAAUGGACAUUCAGAGCUUAGAGGCAGCAAAUCAGAGCUUACAAGUGGAUCUCAAACUAGCCUUUAAGAGGAUAGGGGACCUGCAGGCCGCCAUCGAGGACGAAAUGGACAGUGAUGACAAUGAUGACUUAAUCAACAGUUUGCAAGACAUGGUGACAAAGUAUCAGAAAAGAAAGAACAAAACUGGGCAAGAGACAGACACAGAUUCUGAGGUAGAGGACCGUGUGGAUGAGGUUAAGUCUUGGCUCUCCAAGAACAAAGCCUCCUCCAAGCCCCAGUCGGAUGAGGGAAGUCUAAGGAGCGCCAGAUAUGCUGCAAAUGUGGAUGCCAAAGAUGUGAAUGAGGUUAAGGCGAGCGAUGGAAGCCAAGAUGGCAAAGACAUCGAGCAGAAUAGGUCAAUAUCUGUAAUGAGCUCCCUGAGCUAUCGCAAGCGUUCAAACCUCAAAGACUCCAUAGGAGGGACAGGCGACGAGAGCUCCCUCUUUAGCACUCUAAAGGAACAGCCCGACACCCCUGACCACACCUCACUUCGCAAAGCCAUAUCCAAGUCUGGCGAUCUCCAGGAGGACUGGAAGAAGAACCAAGCACAGGAUGACUUUGAUGACAAAGCCUCCGUCAUUUCCAUGGCCUAUUCGGAGGCCACCAGCAGGGCCAGGAAGGGUUUGGAGUCACGCUGGACCUCGCGAAACAGCCCUGAAUUCGAUAAGGAUUCCACUAUCUCCUCUGCGGCACCCAGCAGGAUAUCCACCAGGAGAGCGAUACUGGAUCAGGACGACACCAAGUCCACCAUCAGUAGUGUGAGUUGCUCUAGCCCGCCAUCGCUACAUCGUAGCAGCUCCUGGAAAGACGACAAGCGCAGCAAUUCUCGCCUGUCCCUCGCCCGUAGUUGCGGCCUCAGUGAGUUUGGUGUGCAUAUAGAUGACGACGACAAAGACGAUGGCCAAAAUCUUGCGUUUACUGAAGGAGGCACUUCCCCAUACAGUUCUCGCUCAACCACCCGUAGUUUCUCCACCCCGGCCCGAGCUCGCUCUUCAGACGGAAAUCCGCCAGAUACGUCUGACAUCAAGCCUGUCACGCACCGAAACUAUUUGGACCCCGACUUGGAGGCCGCCAUCAAUGAGGUUCUCAGCUUCAAACCCAUCAAGUUCAAGCGUAGUAAGCUUGACGAGUCCACUGAUGAGGAAGCAGAGGAGAAGAAAGGACUGGCCAGCAAGGAGGGAAGGAAGACAGAAGAUUAUGAAGGCCUCGGGUGCAGUAAAUCAAGCUUGCUUCGCUCUGCAUCCAGUUCGGCCCUGGACUACAGCAGUCGGCCAUCGAGCAUCCUCAGUAGCAACUCCCACGGUCGCAAAGACAAAAAAAGCAAAAUCACUCAGUCGGAUGACUCCUCUUCAGACGAUCGACACAGCAGGAAGAGCGCAAGGCGAAAGAAAGCCAAAAAGUCCAAGAAGAGAGCCAAGAAGAAGGAAAGCCAGUCAGAAGAUUCCUCUUCGUCCUCAGAGUCAGAAUCAUCUGAAUCCUCCUCGUCGGACUCGGCAGUCUCAUACCGCAGCUCGAACAGUGUUAAAAAGAGCCCGAAGCAGCCGUCUGACGACGAAAAGGGAAACGCGAGUGGUGGAACAUCCAGGAAGAAGGAUAGCAAAAGGAAACAGAAGAAGAUGGAUAACUUGAUGAUGAAGUACCUCUACAGACCAGACAGUGACUGAUCACAACAAAUGAAGCCCUCCUGCGUCCAGGCGACACAUGACCCAUGGCAAAUCGGACGUUGAGGACGAGGUGGAAUUCAACACAGACGGGCAGCUGUUGAGGCCGUGCUACGGCGAGUGCACGCUGGGCGAGAGCACGUCGUAACUCAAACUCGGGUC